CAAGAUGGAGCUCUGCAUCAAACUGAUGGUGAAAAUACUGUUGCUGCUCAUAGCUGAAGACCAGAAAUAUUCAGAAGGAGCUUAUCUUCAUGUCCAUCCAAACAGACUGCAGUUCUUUGAAUAUGACUCCAUCUCAUUUAACUGCUCGGGGUAUCGUGGACCAGCAGAAUGGAGAGUGAUCAAAAAGCUUGGCUUAAAUUCUACUCAGUGGGAAACAUCAGCAAGAACCUUGUACAUUGAACCUGCCUUUAAGUCACACAGUGGAGAAUACUGGUGUGAAAAUGAAGAUGGAGAGAAAAGCAAGACUGUCAUCAUCACUAUCACUAGAGGAGAUGUGAUCCUGGAGAUUCCUGCUUUUCCUUUAAUGGAUGGAGACAAUGUCACUUUGGGCUGUAGAAAAAAAGGAAUGCCUUCCAAUCUUCCAGCUGAUUUUUACAAGGAUGGUCAGUACUUGGAAACUGGAUAUGCAGGAAAGAUAACCAUUCCCAAUGUUUCCAAGUCUAAUGAAGGACUGUACAAGUGCAGCUUUUCUCAAUCUCAAGGGAAAUCACCAGAGAGCUGGAUGGCUGUGAGAGCAGCACAUGUUGCUCCCACACCUCAGAAGACAAUACCUCAAGAUGAUGAAGAGACUGAACAGAAGAGCUCUCCAUCCAGGUCCACUGGACUCUCCAUCCUAUUGCCAGCUAUUUUGAUCAUUUUGGCUGUGGAUGUGAUAAUAGUGGCGGGACUACAUUACUGCCAGAAACACACAGUAGCAAGCUCUUCUGCUGUCAUGUCAGUAACAGUGUAUAAAAAUGCUCAGGUAACUCAUCUACAAAUGGAUACUUACAACAAUGAGACAAAACAGAAAAAGAAAUGAGGUUAAGUACACUUCAGAGGUUACAAGGAAGGCCCAGCAGCAUCUCCACUUUCUACUCAGAAGCCUCAACUUGAAGCAGAAGCCCUUGACCGUCUUCUACCAGUACUUGACCUUUUUGCACCGAUAUAUUUCUCUUUUUAAUCUCUGAAC